AUGCUUUCAAUGUCGGUUAUUCUAGAGGAACCAGCGAAUAUGCGCGAGUCGUGUCAAAGUGAACAGGAAAUAUAUGCGGACGAUGACAUGAACCUCCACAGCAAUGGCAGCUUACUCGAAAAGCUUGACAUAGAGCAUCUACAGUCUACACUACGAAGCAGUUACCACACUUUUGUAGCACCAGAUCUGCUCUACGAGUCAGAGUCAGAGUCAAAGUCAGGAUUAAACGCUCGAUCAGCUUCCAGUUCCGCAUCAACGGCUCCAUUGUCAUCAUCGGACGAGCAAUACAAUACGAGGACCUUACAAAGUCAGUCGCGUAGCUCUCGUACACAACUUUCUCGGAAUCAAUCAUCUAAAUCCCGCGCAAGACAUCGUGAGACGUUGACGAGGUAUGCUCGAGAUCCUCGUUGUAUUCCGUCGCAGAACGAGCGCUCUUUACGUUUGGAGCCGGAGCACUCACCACACUUAAAACUUUCCAACUCGUCGUCUCCAGAGGAGGAGAAAGAAUCGUACGACCACCAUGGGAGACCGUAUCGUCGAAAUACAAGUGUACAGUCCACUGACACCCGUUCAAAGGCUUCGUCAAUUCCUCAGCCAAAAGUGUCCAGUACAUCUAGGGAUGAACGUCGUCGGUCACCUAGUUCCUUGUACAGUUCAUCAUCGAAAGAAAUGCAUCGGUCUAAGUCAUCUGUGAGUCUAGACUAUCUGCACUCGACUUUUGCUAACGACACGUACGAGCAUCGCCAGAAGGAAGAGUCUCGUCAAGCACCACAGUCACUUUUGCGCUCAAGUGAGAGAUGUAGUUUGAGCUUGUUUUCAACAGUUAAAGAAGUCAACGGGAAGUACCAGCUGCCACCAUUCCGAAAGCCAAGCUGUGCUGUCGUGAAUGAUAUCCUGAGUUCAAAGUCGAGCUCUGAACAAACCUCCGCAAAAACGCAAAUGCAUCGGCAAAUGCCGCCUCGUCAUUUUGCAGCUACGAGUUCUUGCCGUACAAAGUCGUCUUCACCGUCGAAUUUGCUUGCGGGUUUCUCGAAGAAUGAAACGAACGAUGAUCGUCGUGAACGACCUAUUAGAGAUGCAAUUCCUUCCCCGCGAAAGCGCUUGACAUCAAGUCCAAAGCCCAUAUCGCCCACCUAUGCUGGCGAGCAACGUGAAGCCGCUUCAUGUGGGGAGUCAAAAAUGCCUGUGACGCCGAACUCGAAGUUGUGCGCGAAACUAACAAAAGACAAGCACCAUCCAUCAUCCCAGUCAUUUUUAAGCCGAAGUGAUGCUGCAUGUACGCGAUCAACUUCGGUACUUCCCAAGAAAUCGUCAACACACGAUUUUAGGAAAGAACUGACUCCCCUUCAUUCAGCUUCAACAUCAAAUUUGCCGUCACUUGCGUCUACUCCCUCGCCUAGGAAGAAUGCUUUGGAUUUUCCGCUGCGAUUGCGCCAUUACGAAGGCAGGUUCUUGAACCGACGAAGGCAGACACUGUUCUACUUUUCGCUUUUUCCGCCGGAAAAGAUGCCAAUGCGUGGAGUCGUGGUAAGCGUGCAUGGAAUCGGCGACCAUUGCCGCCGAAACGUACACGUAUACGAACGCUUGUGCAGAGAAGGCUUUGGUGUGAUUACCUACGAUUUACUCAAUCAUGGCGUGAGCAACCUUGACCAGCAAAAGACUCGCGCGCACAUUAGUAACUUCAACCAUCUCGUGGAUGAUACAAACGACUUUAUCACGUUCGCAAAGCGUUCGAUCUUCAAAAAUGCACUUAGAUAUUGGCGGAAGCACCAUUGCCGUUAUCACCCUCAUGGACAAAAGAGUAAUCCUGACAGCAAUACUUUGCUUCCUGAGUUGCCCCUGAUCAUUGCAGGUGUAUCAUUCGGUUCUCUCAUCGGCAUUUACACCGUUCUGUCCGGAGAGCACAAGUUUGAAGGUGCAGUUUGGAGCUCGCCGACCAUUGGCGUAACCUGGAACCCAAUACUUUGGGCAGAGUCGAAGAUAGCUAAACCCUUAGUGGCAAUUAUCCCGAAGGCAAAGCUAGUGCCUGCUUUUCAGUACGAUUUACUCAGUCGUGAUCCAAAGUUCUUGAAGAGGUACAAAGCAGACCCGCUUACGUGCAUGGACAUGAUGACAACGCGAAGUGGGCACGAGUCACUUCAGGCUAUUCUUCAGCUGCACGAAGAUUCGCGUGUAACAGACCCCAACAGUGCGUUUUGCGCGGUUCCAAUGCUCUUCCUUGCAGGAUCUGCUGAUGGCAUCUCUGACCAACAGGCGGCUAUCAAAUUCUUUGCUACGAUGGGAAAUUUUGACAAAGAGUUCAAACUAUUUAAAGGUCUGUUUCACUUGGUAUAUGAGGAACCUGAAAAGGAAGAUGUCUAUAGGUAUCUUGUCCAGUGGUUACACCGUCGGUUCCCCGAUACAUUCUGUCAUUAA